AUGUUGUGCCGCAAUCCGCUCAAGCGAGAAGGGGCAGAGCACAUCAGGCCGCCCACCCGCAAGGAGGAGGAGGAGGAGGAGGAGGAGGAGGAGGAGGAGGAGGAGCGCCGCCGCAGUGCCCGCCAUGACGCAAACACGGAGGGCGCCCAGCACGUGGGCUCCGCGAGAGGACGUUAUGCCACGCGACUGCGGCCGCACGGGGCACAUCCGGCGAGGGCGGCAGCAGCGACAGACGCGUCCGCUUUGUUCAGUCGUCGUGGCGUGCGCCGCUGCCGUUCCGUGCGCCGUUCAGCCGCCGACACACUUGCCCCAGCCGCGACAAACGAGGGGAAAGUGGCGGCACAGCUCCCGCGGGAAGGGCAGCGGCUUCCGCCACUUUGCGGCCACCGCGCCGCUCAGUGA